UUUCUUGACGAGGUUCACGUUGACAUGCAGACGUGUGAGGAGCUGAGGACUCCCUCACCCACCAGCCAGUUGCCAAACUAUGUCCCAAACGGAAAGUACGGAUUCUCAGAGAAGGUUGUGGAUGGUAUCUUCCUCUGUGUCAACUCUGUGAUAGUCAACUUCACGUCUCCUGCCUUUCAUGCCUGCCUACAGCUGUCGCGGGUGCAGGUGCGCAGCGUGUCGCCGCAGUGGCAGACGGCAGACCUGCGCAUGACGCGCGUACGCGACGCGACGAGAGGGGAAGUGCUCACCUUCAAGGAGAUGGACUGGCAGACGCUGCGCAUCGAGGCGACGUCGGUCGCCGCGGGCGACGCCACGACGACGCCGCUGCGCCUCAUCACCAACCAGGCGCGCUGCCGGAUCACUAUCAAGAAACGCCUCACAGGUAGCAAUGAGCGACUAGUUUAA